AUGGACGGUGCAAGGGACACCGAGAUUGCAAUGGGAGGCUAUCAACCACAUCAUUUAUCAACAAACAAACCUUCCAUGGGACAAAUAUAUGGUUUUAGAAUUGCGUUGUGGUACGAACACCUUGGAGUGGUAGACGAGGCCUUUCGUCACCCAGAAAUUUUGGAUUGUGUCACGGCCAUAAAUUCAUUGGCUGAUCGAAAUUGGAAAAACUACGUGAGCGAUGAUUUCCAUGAUGACCUUCCUUGUCACCUCCUCAAGUACCCUAUUGCGAUCUCCGACAAUGGAAACAUAACUACAUUGCCAGGAUUUGAGUUCUUCCCAGACACCAAGGCUCGUAUCGUCGGCAACAAAUCUUUAAGGUAUAACCUGAAAAUUUCUGGACAGAUUUAA